AUGCAGUGCCGUUUUCUGGGGGUGCUUGCGCUCACAGGUCUUGCUACGGCUGACGUAGUCCCCACCGCUCCUAACAUCGAUGUCCCUUUCUCGAUCACACAAUAUUGGGGAGCAUACUCGCCAUACUACAAUGCCGGAAACUACACUGCGCCGCCGGAGGGAUGCACCGUUACUCAGGUCAAUCUCCUCGAGCGACAUGGUGCCCGGUAUCCGACCAGUGGUGCUGGCCCGCUGAUCCAGGCGAGCGCAGAGAAGCUAAAGGGUGCGCAGAGCUUCAAUGGGUCGCAGUACGGCUUCCUUUCCAACUGGACGUACCAGCUAGGGACAGACGUCCUCAUACCUUUUGGAGCGGCUCAGUCAUUUGACGCGGGCCAGGUUCACUAUACGCGCUACGCAUCGUUGGUGAAUUCGACUACGCUCCCUUUUGUGCGCGCGUCUAGCUCGGAGCGAGUUGUGGAAACAGCCCUGAACUGGAGUGCUGGCUUCGCCUUCGCCAGCGACAAAGCCCUUCCUUCUCCACCUCCGUUAUCCGUCACUCUCGACGAGUCACGGAAUGACACCCUUGACAAUCAUAUGUGCCCCACCGCUCCGACGUCCCAGAAUCAAACUGCCGCCUGGACAAACGUGUUCGCCCCUCCAAUCGCAGACCGUAUCAACAACGCCGCGCAUGGGGCCCAUCUGAACAGCACCGACAUUGUCAACCUCCUGCAGCUCUGCCCGUUCGAAACUGUCGCGUUCGAGAAGCCGAGCAAUUUCUGCAGCAUCUUCACGCAAGACGACUUCAAGGGCCUCGAGUACUACAUCGACCUCGAUGACUUCUACUCGACCGGAUACGGCAACCCGCUCGGGCCUGUCCAAGGUGUUGGGUGGGUGAACGAGUUGAUCGCCCGUCUAACGGUCCAGCCAGUGCAAGACGAGACGCAGACGAACAGCACUCUCGACGGCUCGCCCAAGACGUUCCCGCUCAAUCGUACAUUCUAUGCGGAUUUCACGCACGACAAGACGAUGAUCGCCAUCUUCUCGGCGCUCGGACUCUUCCCUCAGACUGAAAACCUGAGCACGAGCCAUCCCGACGCGGAGAGAACGUGGUUCGCUUCUAGGCUGGUCCCGUUCUCUGCGCCUAUGAUUGUAGAGAAGAUGGAUUGCGAUGGGACGCCUAGUAUCCGCAUUUUAGUGAAUGACUUGGUGCAACCGCUAACGUUUUGCGGAGCCAGGGAUGGCAUGUGCACCGUGGAUAACUUCGUUGAGAGUCAGGCUUAUGCUCGCACAAACGGAAACGGGGCUUGGGCGCGGUGUUUGGGUUGA